UUCAAAUACGAGCGAGCGAGAGAGAGAGAGAGAGAGAGAGAGAGAGAGAGAGAGAGAGAGAUUUGAAAAAGAAACACUAACCCUAAUUUUGUCCCAAAUCUCAACACUGUUGAUUAGAGGGAAAAUGUCCGAAGCCGCUGAGCAUGCGUCUAUGGCGGAUAGGAUCCAGGAUAAGAUCCAUGAGUACAAAGGCUCUUCGUCUUCUUCGGAUUCGGAGGAGGAAGACAGUCUCGUGUCUCGCAAUGCCCAGAGGAAACGCCUCUUUGGGAGGAAGCAGCCUGUGCAUGCCGUUUUCGGAGGAGGAAAAGUUGCUGAUAUGAUAAUGUGGCGGAACAAACAAGUGUCUGGUGGCAUACUUGCUGUUGUGACUGUUGUCUGGCUCCUCUUCGAAUGUAUGGACUAUCACCUUCUGACUUUUGUAUGCCAUGCUUUCAUGUUUGUAUUGGCAGCAUUGUUUCUCUGGUCCAACGCAGCAUCACUUGUCAACAGGUCACCACCAAAGUUUCCAGAAGUUAUCUUGCGUGAGGAUCAGGUUCUAAGUAUAGCCCGUUCAGUUAGACAUGAGAUCAAUGAAGCUUUUACAACUUUCCGUUAUAUUGCUUCAGGAAAAGAUUUGAAGAAAUUUCUGAUGGCAGUUGGUGGCUUAUGGGUUGUUUCUGUGAUUGGCAACUGGUUUAGUUUCUUGACUCUUUGCUACCUUGUUUUUCUGGCCCUGUGCACUCUACCUGCAUUAUAUGAGAAGUAUGAGGAUCAGGUCGAUGAUGUUGGUGAGACCGUGAUGGUUCAAGUGAGGAAGCAACAUGCAGUGUUGGAUGCGAAGGUUCUGCAGAAAAUCCCUCGAGGACCAUUCGCCGAUAAGAAGCAGCACUGAGUUUUACAACUUUCUCUCGAACCUCUAGUCUCAAUAUCCAAAUGCAUAUUUUCUUUAUAUCUUUUUAUGAUAAUGGGUUUUUAGGUAGAGUUGUCAUGAAUUUUUCUUCCUUGAUUUGUAGUUAAACAUCAGUGAGUUGAUUAUACACAUAUACCAUGAACCUACUGGGUAGAUGCUUAUGAAAACUAUAAUGGUGGUGAUUUGUCUGUGAUUUCA